UGGGGCAGUGGCAGGGCGCAAGUGACGGUUCCAACUGACGGCGCAGUCUUAUUUCUCAGCUCACCACACGAAAAUGGCUGAGUUGUGAGCGUCGGUCGUUUUUGGGCAGUGUGCGUGUGUGUGUCUGUGCAUUGUAAAAGGCAAUCAUUUCCCGCAUCGCGGACACCAUCGGACACACGAAUGGUUCCACUUUUCGGCACGCGACCACCAUCUCCUUGAACGGCCAGUGUGUGUGUGUGUUGUGCCUUUGGUGCGGUCGGCCACCCACUGCUGGAGCGCAUCCCGCCUGGUUCGUCCAAACCACCGUCCCUUAGCAGUGGUGUGCUAACGACCCACACCCCCCCUGCGACGAGGAGGAGAGAAAAUUGAGCCAUUUCCCCCGUGGGGUAGGGCCACGGACAAACAGACACAACCCUCACACCGAACGGUUCCGGGUGUGCGGAUGGAGCUGGGCAUCCCCGUGUCCCCGGCAUCCCACCAGCAGCAGCAGCAACAGUGAAUUGGUGCGCACCGACAGUGGGGGGCAGGGGGAGGGCACGGGUGGAUGACCGUGUCGCCAGAUGAGACUCACAUGCCGUGCUGCUGCAGCAGAUUCCCCCGUGGUGUCGGUGGUGGUUGGUGGAGUGGUGGAGCGGUGCUGUUGAUUCGAGGUGCGUUUUGAUCGUCGGCCGCACACGGGACACGGUACGGCGGAAGGCGGAAGAGGCCGGGGGAAGGUGCAGUGCCUGUUAACCUGUUAAGUAUCAUCCCUGCUCGUUAAGCGAACCCCCCGGAAUGCGCCACCGAACCGCAACUAGUACCACACACUAACGAUCGUGCAUCAUCGCCUGACAGAGAGUGGCCUUCCGAGAAUAUUUUGUAAUUGUGAAGUAAACAAAAAAAACACACACACACUCACCCAACCAAGCCUUCGAAGAAACGGACAGCAAUAUUGCAAGCGAUACGAGAGAGAUAGAGAGAGAGAGAAAACUUAGAAAAAUAGAGCGACAAUCAUCAAAAAGUUUAACCGCCUCAAAACGUAAAGGGUGAACGGUAAAGUACACGCGGACCAGUGACCAGCAAGAGACACACACGCAGAGACAUUGUCGUCGUAUAUCAUACGUAAUAUAGCAAACAAAACAAAAACAGACACACCCACCCACACACAUAUAUCUAUUACAAAAGCGUGCCUAAGAAUCUGGUUGCCAAUUUGCCCCGCUGUCGUCGUCCCGCCCAGCCCAGCCGACGCGAAACCCGGACUUGAUGCAUAGCACCUCCCAGGGUGGUAGUAUGGCUGCUACUCUGCUACAGCAGAAAACGUACAUGAACGGGCUGGCCGGGAGCGGCGGGCCGGACGGGUCCGGUCCGGCCGGACCGGGCGCGGUGGGCAGCGUGGGUGCGGCCGGAGGCGGCAGCGUCAGCGGCCCGUCCGCCGGCGCCACCUUCCUGCCCGUCUCGAAGACGCUCAUCCAUCACCUGCUGCCUCACAAUCUGCAAGCGGACCACCACGCGGCCACCGGCGCGUUCCAUCACAGGGCGGAGCACUACCACCAGCGGGCGCACCGGGGCAGCAUCGGGUCGUCGGCGUACGGUACGCUCGCGCCGAGCGGCUGCGAGGAUCCGCCGGCCAGCGCGCUGGACGAGAUCUUUAGCCCGCUGCCGGUCCGCCACCUGGAUGCGGCCGGGAGCGCCACCACGCCUUUGGAGAUCGGUACCGAUGCACUGUGGGAUGCGAUCGGGUCACCGACCACUACUACUGCUACUUCCGGCACCGCUACCAGCACCACUAGCACACUAGUCUUCACUGGGCAGCAGCCCACCAUCCCAGCAACAACCAAUCAUGCCUCAAUCAACAACCCGCAGCAGCACUGCCACGAGCAACCGGACGCGGACUGUCCGAUGGUGGCGGCGGAUGGGUCCGACACCACCACCAUCACCGAGCAGCGUGCCGCCGCCGCCGGUCCCGAGCCGGGCGAGCAGGAGCAGCAGGAGCCCGAACCCGAGAUCGACAUCGUCAUCAACAACGUGGUGUGCUCGUUCAGCGUGCGCUGCCACCUGAACCUGCACGACAUCGCGCUCAACGGCGACAAUGUCGAGUUUCGGCGCGAGAACGGCAUGGUCACGAUGAAGCUGCGCCGCCCGUACACGACCGCGUCGAUCUGGUCCUCCGGGAAGAUUACCUGCACGGGCGCUACCUCCGAGGAUCAGGCAAAGGUGGCCGCACGCCGCUACUCACGCUGCCUGCAGAAGCUGGGGUUUAACGUGCGGCUGCGUAACUUUCGCAUCGUGAACGUGCUCGGUACCUGCGCGAUGCCGUGGGGCAUCAAGAUCGUCAACUUCUCGGAGAAGUACAAAAAGGACGCGAGCUACGAGCCGGAGCUGCACCCGGGCGUCACGUACAAGCUGCACUCGCCCCGCGCCACGCUCAAGAUAUUUUCCACCGGAAGCAUCACCGUUACCGCUGCCAGUGUGGCCUUCGUGCAGGCCGCCAUCGAGCACAUCUUCCCGCUGGUGUACGAGUUUCGCAAAAAGCGCACGCCGCACGAAAAGCUCGAGCUGCUCAAGCAGCCGCCCGCCUUCGAUCCGCAGGAGCUGGAGCUGCCGGAGGAUGGCGAGGUCGAUCUGCUGGCAGCCGCCGGCACCACCACCCCGACUGCGAACGGCGGUGAACUGGCGAACGUGGACGACGACGACGACGAGGCCGACGGCGCACUCGUGUCGGAGGACUACGAAAUGCACGGGGAGGACGAACGGCUGCCGCCGCCGCCCGGCAACACCAAAGCAAUAGACAAAAGCAAUAGUAUUAGGGCGGCCGGGUGUGCGCCGCCUGCCAGGGGCGGUUGUGCACCACGGUUCGUGCGCUAGGGCUUCCCCCGCGACCCCGGACUGAAUCGUAAUGGGAAUCGUAUAUAGAUAUAUAUACAUAUGCUAUGCUACCAAUGCUCAGUGACUGGCCAGCCAACAACAACCAGAAGAAGAAGAAGGUCACACAAACUCCCACUUCUAAACUAGCAAUAAUCUUUAUCUCGGAUCUUCCAAUGCACACACCCACCCCGCGAUAAUAACUCCCAAUGCAAAAGCAAGCCCUUAUCUUACCUAGUUAUCCUAGUACCUUUUAUCUCUCUCUCUCUCUCUCUUUCUCUCUCUAUCUCUCUCUCGUUUUCUCUCUUUCCUCUCACAUUUACUCUUAUGACAUACUCAAGACAGAAGUUAUGCUUUAGGCACGAUGAAUGGAAUGGUUGGAAUUUUCAACCGUUGUAAGGCGUAGAUGCUUUCUUGUCAUAUUCAUUUGUUUCUGUUGCUUUAUUGUUUUACCUAGGACCUCACCAAUACUGUUCACAAACACACCCUCCCCCCCUUUCACGCCAUUGUAAUUAGGAUACGUUUCUCAUAUCUGUUUGCUGCAAUAAGGAUAGCAGCCGCCACUAGCCAACCGUUAGUUAGUGCCGAUUUAAUUUAUAGCUAUUGCACGUGACUGCUGCAAAAAAAAACUGCAAGUACACACACACACACAUGCGCCACGCUGGUCCCUCUGCUUUCCGUUACUGUAUUUAUUAUUUCUGUCAAACAAAAUCAUAGCAAAUCGUUGCAAUAUAAUUACAUGAACUGUUGGGGCUUUAGUUAAAUGGCUGCCCGCAACCGCAAACCCAUAGUGGGAACGAGACACGUGGGUUGUGCGCGCGUGUGUGUGUGUGAGGUGGUAGACAAGGGACAGCCCCGUUGAGUCAGCAACUAAUUUUAUUCUCCCGCUGUGUAUACUCAUAGGUUCGAUAUUAGUUAGAAAACACUUUGCGUUACAAUUAUAUAUAUAUAAACAAUACAUCUAGCGAGCCACAACAAAAAAAAAAACAGUGCGUGAAAGUGCGCGCCAAACGAGAGUGUGGGUAUGCGCAUCAUUCUGAUCACACACACUCAAACACUCAACAAACUGCCUGAGAAGAGAGAGAGAGAGAGAGAGGAAACAAACAAUUGAAGGGAUGGGGAGAAGUCGUAGCGAAACAAAAGCAACACAAUAUAUACUAGUUUAGUGGUUUAUGAAUAGAGCUUUUAAUACGAAUAGGCUUUAGCGUGUUACAAUUAAUUAACAACAAAACAAAAAAGUGCCCCUAGACUAAAAGAAAUGAGCCCCAGCCUAGGCUGUGUGGACGCGUGGAGAACGAGGAUGAGCAAUAGGCGCAACUAGGAAGCAAGAGCAGUGUGGUAACACAUAGUAGGUGUGUAUCGCAGCAGUGAAAGUGAAGGCCCCCCCGCACGCGCUGACGAGGAGGAGAAUUGCUUGUUUUCAUUAGUAUCUUUUCUCUUGGACAUCAGCGGCAGAUUGCUUUGUGGUGGUCACUGUCGGACAAGAGUCAAACGUUAAUCGUUGGGUGGAUCUUUGCGGAAGAGUUUGCAUAUAGCUAAGGGCUGUAUGUAACGACACCUAAACGUUAGCUUUGUCUCAGCUUCUAGUUACUUCUUUUUUAAAUAAUUUGAUACGUUGAUGUGUGCGCAAACGAUGUGUUCUAGCACUAUUUGUUUCACUUCUAUUCCAACUCCUCGGUAUGUUUUUUCCUUCUUAUUAUUGUUUUUUGUUCUAAAUACUUUCAAGCGUUUGAAGCGAUUCAAACAACGCAGGGCAUUGUUGAGUUUUUAUCUCAAUUGAUUUUUUUUUAUUAUUAUUUUCGUAAGCGCCUUCUUUUGGUUUCGUUUCGUGAACGUGAAGAGGUGGUACAAGCAAAGCGUAAGCGCAAAGUGGCGAACAUAAUGCUCCCCGUGCGAGGGCAGGAUACAAUUAUUUAAGCCCCGUAUAGUAGGAGACAGAGAGAAAGAGAGCGAGUUAGUUAGUCUGGGAGGGGGGAACAAACAUCAACCAAACAAAAACCAAGUGCUUGCGACGGGUGCGGUGGUGCGGCGUCGAAAUAGCGUGUAAGACUCAUAAUCUCGGAAUGUGGCCGUGUGUUCCCUUGUAAGACACCCACCACCAGCCCCUCACCAUGCGUGGCCGCGGUUCCUGCGUAUAUACAUAUAUACAUAUAUCGUAAAAGAGAAAUAGGAAAGUCCCAGCAGAAACCAAACCCCGGCGCGCGUCUUUCGCCAUGCAAACAAAAAAAAAUGGAUGAAAAAUUGGCGCGACGGGUUGAUUUGGUUGUUAGCUGCUCGGGGUGAAAAAUCAAUUUGCGUGCGCUGUAUCGCUGAACUGAACUCUACUAGCAGAUAGGUAUCGACAUAUGAACUGUAGCAGUAAACAAACAAACAAACAAACAAAACACUAAUCAUUUGGUAGCAAUUGUAUAUCAAGAGAGGCGCAGCGGCAUAUCAAGCGGUUGCCGCGUCGGAAGCAUCCAUCUCAUCGAUCGGCCCCGUGAAAGGAUCUCGGGCCGCGUUUCCUGCGGAGCUGAUCCACCGCUUCGUGGUGUUGGUAGCGUACGUUAGGGAGUGAUAAAACCAAAGACUUACAUUUGUAUUAUGCACACAUCAGAAAAUGGAAGAGGAGGAGUAGGAGCCGAAAAAGGAGGGAAAACACAUACACACACGCACACGCUACACGGAGAAGGAAGGACGCCCGAGCAGUGGUGGCACCCAGGACCAGGACCGGACAAGGAUCGAUGCGAAGACGCGGUAUACAGACACACACACAUACACACAUAAACACAUACACGAGCGAACGCAUGCGAACGAUGCGUGCUUUUGCGUUAGCUUUUGGGGACGCAACCAUUUCUAACGAGGAACGAAAAUAAAACCUACAAUUAUUUAAUUUC